AUGUGGGUGGAAGUGAAAGCUAUAGCUGCAAUGCUGGUGGUUCAGUUUAUGUUUGCAGGAAUGUUCGUUUUGUUUAAAAUAACAAUACAUGAUGGUACAAAUCUCAAAGUUCUUGUGGCUUAUCGCCUCUGCUUCGCUACUCUUUCCAUUCUUUCCCUCGCCCUCAUCUUCCAAAGGAAUAAACGGCCAGAAUUUACAUGGAGGCUGCUCUUACUAGCAUUUGUUUCGGGGUUACUCGGAGCGGCGAUACCAAAUCUUCUCUAUUUGCCAGGUAUGGCUUUAACAUCAGCUACAUUUUCGACUGCGGUCAGUAUCCUUGGUCCGUUGAUUACCUUGGUAUUGGCGUUAAUUUUUAGGAUGGAGACUCUACGGCUGGGAUCGAACGAAGGGAGGGCUAAGUUGAUGGGGACGCUGCUUGGUGCUGGUGGGGCCAUCUUAUUUCUAUUAUACAAAGGUGUUGAGAUUCAUAUCUGGUCAACACACGUUGACUUACUUAAAAGCUCCAAUACUCAUCAAUCAAAUGGCCAAGCCACUUCGAACCACCACAUAUCCAUCCCUGGGGUUCUUAUGGUUCUUGGCAGUCUGAUGAAUGCGAUGGGAGGCUUGGUGUGCAUGGUUGUUGCUCUCUGUUCGGAGCAUGACUGGAAGCAAUGGCGAUUAGGAUGGAACAUUAGCCUCCUAACUACCAUUUAUUCGGGAGUCGUGGUUUCAGGACUGGUCAUGCCUCUUAUUGCGUGGUGCGUUGCAAAAAAAGGUCCGUUGUAUGUAACGGUGUUUAGCCCUGUAAGACUAGUGAUCGUAGCCCUCGCCGGAUCAUUUGCUUUAGAGGAAACUCUUCAUUUGGGAAGCAUAAUCGGUGCAGUUAUAAUGGUGGGAGGAGUGUACCUAGUGGUGUGGUGUAAAAUGAAGGAAACGAAGAGUGUAUCUACGACAUCAGACAAUAUUGAGACCGAUAAGAAUAUCAAAGAAGUGAACAUUGGCAAUAUCUCAGCAGUAAAUAAUAGAGAUGUCCCAUGA